UAUAUGAAGAUGCUAGAUUGGCGAUAUUGUUGGCCGGUUUCGGGAAGUCCAGGCGACAUAAUCACAUCACAACUACGGAGGUCGAGGUCUUAUAUGUCCAUCAUCCUUGGUAUUGGGCUACCAUGAGAAGCCUAAUGUAUAUUUGCAACCCUCGCCUACGUACACGCGUACCGGCUUGGGCUUGGCUUCCCCGCAUAACCCGUGGGCGUGUCCGGGCGGCGCCACCGGGCGAUGGGUUCUUUCAAGCCUUCAUUCUCCAAGCCUCUCAUUCCUGUCCCUCCUCCCCGUGAUCGCCCUACACUUAUCAGUGUGGGGUCAAGCAAUGACAAGAUUGGAUCUUGAGCACCGAGGAGGAAGCUGAUCUAGACAGUCGAUUGUGCAUAUCCAAGGUCUACGAGUAGUACCAAUUCCUGCCCAGCCCGGGACUCCCAGUCUUUUUACACGUGCGGGCUAAUGGCUCUCUUAUCAUGUGGCUGAUAUCACUGGUUCGACGCGCUCCCUAAUAUGAGUUAUAUAAGUAGCCACAGUAGACAACUUGACUGGCUAUCAAUCAAAACCUCUUCACUCUACCUAUUACUACGCAUGUGAUACAAUCACUUCAAUUUCACAUCUCACAUCUCACCCCGUCAUCAACAUCAUUAUGGGUACAGCAUCGGCAGGUGUUCUUCCCCACCCCUUGGAUCCCCUCUCGCAAGCCGAGAUCCAAGCUACCAUCGACCUCGUAAAGAAAGCACAUGGGGAGCUGUUCUUCAAUGUCGUCUCCUUACAUGAGCCGCGGAAGGCGGAAAUGACAAAAUGGCUCGAGGACUCUUCUGCUCCGAGACCAGCAAGGAUCGCGGAUGUCGUAGUUAUUGCGCCCGGCGGUAAGGUUUACGAUGGACUGGUAGAUCUUGCGUCUGGAACGAUCACAAAGUGGGAGCUGCUAGAUGGACUACAGCCUAUUAUCACGAUGGAGGAGUUGACGGCGGUCGAGCAUAUCUGCCGCAGAGACCCGAAAGUCAUCGAACAGUGUGAAAUCAGCGGUAUCGCCAGAGAAGAUAUGGACAAAGUCUACUGUGAUCCCUGGACUAUUGGCUAUGAUGAGCGCCACGGUAACAAGAUCCGCCUGCAGCAGGCCCUGAUGUACUACCGACCCAAUGUGGACGAUUGUCAAUACCAGUACCCUCUAGACUUCUGCCCCAUAUACGAUGGAGAGAAGAGGGAAGUCAUUGCUAUUGAUAUUCCCAAGGUCAGGAGGCCGCUUAGUAAGGUGCAGCCUAUAAAUUACCACCCGGCUGGUGUUGAAAAAGCUGGCGGGUAUAGGAAUAAUCUCAAACCAAUCAACAUCACACAGCCCGAAGGUGUCUCAUUUACGAUGACUGGUCGGGAGAUUGAAUGGCAAAACUGGAAGUUCCAUAUUGGCUUCAACUACAGAGAAGGCAUCAUCCUUAACAAUAUCACGUUCAAUGACAAGGGCAACGUGCGACCAAUCUUCUACAGACUGUCGUUGGCCGAGAUGGUAGUUCCCUAUGGCAACCCCGAGCACCCUCAUCAACGGAAGCACGCGUUCGAUCUUGGAGAGUACGGCGCUGGUUACAUGGCGAACAGCCUCACACUAGGCUGCGACUGUAAGGGCUCAAUUCAUUAUCUAGAUGCAGAGUUCCCUACCAGAGCUGGUGGUAUCCGCACAAUUAAGAAUGCUAUAUGCAUUCACGAAGAGGACGCCGGAAUCUUGUUCAAGCACAGCGAUUUCCGCGACGACUCUGUCAUCGUAACAAGGGCGAGAAAAUUGAUAAUUCAGCAAAUAUUUACUGCUGCAAACUAUGAAUAUGCUAUUCAGUGGAUUUUCCAUCAAGAUGGAACCAUCCAGCCUGAGAUUAAGCUUACAGGCAUUCUGAACACUUACGCAAUGGCUCCCGAUGAGGACACCCGUGGAUGGGGAACCCAGGUGUACCCAGGUGUCAACGCCCACAACCACCAGCACUUAUUCUGCCUACGCAUCGACCCCAACGUCGACGGGCCCAAUAACACAGUCUUCAUGGCCGACGCAGUUGCCUCCGACGCCCCAGUGGGGAGCCCGGAGAACUACUACGGGAACGCGUUUUUCGCCAAGCGCACAAAGUUCUCCACGGUCGGAGAAUCAGUCACCGACUACGACGGCACCAAGAGUCGAACGUGGGAUAUCUGCAACACGAACAAGUUGCAUCCCUACAGCGGCAAGCCUUCUAGCUACAAGCUAGUUAGCAGGGAGGUCCCGCCGCUAUUACCCAAGGAAGGCUCGUUAGUAUGGAAGCGCGCUGGAUUCGCCAGGCACGCUGUCCACGUCACCAAGUACUGUGAUGACCAACUCUGGCCCGCCGGCCGCCACGUGCCUCAAACAUCAGGCGAGCCAUCCCUCGGACUCCCAGAAUGGAUCGGCGACGGCACCGAGUCCAUCGACAACACGGACAUCGUGCUCUGGCACACCUUCGGGGUCACCCACAUCCCUGCGCCCGAGGACUUCCCCGUUAUGCCCGUCGAGCCGAUCACCUUACUCUUGCGACCGCGCAACUUCUUCACGAAUAAUCCCGUCAUGGACGUGCCGCCUAGCUUCUGCAGCACGCCCAGCCAGGUCGCUGCGAACGGCGCCGGCGUCCUCGAUGCUAAAGAUAAGAUGAGUAAAUUGGCUUUUACGAAUGGGAAUGGAUGCUGUGCGAAUGGUACGAAUGGGACGCAUUGAUCGUAUUUGAGCUUUCAAUGAGUGAGUGAGUGUUGAUGGGAGUUUAUGAGGUGUGGAUAAUUUGAUAUUGGCGCGUACUCGGUUUUGUAAUGCUUUUCAAUAGGCGUACGUACUUAUAAUGUCUUCAUAUUCGAAUUGAAAUGAUUGGGCUACGGAUCCCGUCAUCAGUCAUUACA